AACAGCUGACAAGGGGUGGUUGGGGGAGGCGUGAGAGAAGAACAUCUCGAGGCACAGAGAGAGAGGACCAGAGAGGAAGAGAGAGGAGGAAAGAGAGCGAGAGUGUGAGAGAAGGGAGGAGAGCUCAGAGUAACAGACUCAUACUUUUGAGCAAAAGAGACAAAGAAAGAAAAGUGUGUAGGAGAGUAACCAGAGAAGUCCCAACACGAUCCCACUGAACCUGACAACCAAGGGACAGUAGGACCAGGGGCUGUUAAAGGAUAUGUAACGACACACACAUUCUGGACAGUGGACAGUCAAACUACAGCUGCAGAGUCUCUGACAUGGGGGGAAUCUGGAUGCACUGAAGAUCUGCUGGGCCUAAAGACACCCCAGCUUCAACACAAUGCCCACUCUUCCCUCCUCCCCCCUUUCCACCUCCUCUUCCUUCCCCCUCUCCAAUGCCACCUAUCCCCCCUUUACCUCCUCCUCUCCAAACCAGACCCUAUGUAAUCUAGAUGACGGUGCCCUGCGCCUCCCCCUGGUCUUCUUCUACUCCAUCUUCAUCCUCCUGGGUCUGGUAGGUAAUCUCCUGGCCCUGUGGGUCUUCGUAUUCCUCCACUCCAGGAGGAACUCUGUCCGGGUGUUCCUCAUCAACGUGGCCAUAGCUGACCUGGUGCUCCUGGUCUGCCUUCCCUUCAGAGUCCUCUACCAUGCUAACGGCAACCGCUGGGUCCUCGGCCCCCUGGUCUGUAAAGUGGUGGGCAACCUCUUCUACAUGAACAUGUACAUGAGUAUCACUCUGCUGGGGUUCAUUAGUCUGGAUAGGUAUGUGAAGCUGAAGGGGCGGGGCGGAGCGGGGAGGGGCCUGGCCAGGAGGCUGAGAGGCGGGGGAUGGAGCUGGGUGGUGUGCGGGGCGCUCUGGGGGCUGUCCCUGGCGGCGGCCGUGCCCAUGAUCGCCAUGUCGGAGGGAAACGAGGAACCUGGGAAGUGUUUCCAGUAUAAGCAGCGGCGUGGGGCGAAGGGGAAGGCUUACUUCAACAUGGCUCUGGUGCUGCUGUUCUGGGGGGUGUUCUGCCUGCUGGUGGUCUCCUAUGGGAAGAUAGCCAUGCGCCUCCUCAAGGUGUCCAGGGAUAAACCUGACCUCCCCAAUGCCCACCGCUACGGUAGCGCCGCCAGGAAGUCCUUCUUCGUGCUCUUCCUGUUCACAGUCUGCUUCGGGCCCUACCACGCCUUCCGCCCAUUCUACGUCCUCUCCCAGCUCAGCCAAUCCCCAUCCUGCGAUUACUUGCGCCUGGUGGACAGCACCAAUGAGGUCAUGUUGUUGUUCUCCGCCUUCAACGCCGUCCUGGACCCUGUGAUGUACUUCCUGUUGUCGGGCUCGGUGCGCAAGGCCGCCGUGAAAGCCCUCGGACAAAGCCUCGGCAACCGGCUCCACUUCCUUAACGACGGGACCUCCAACAGCUCGGUAUCAGAGUUCAGACGGACCUCUCUGUCAGUCACCUCCCCAAACACCGUCAUUAACCCCUCCCAUGAGCCCAGGACCAGCCUCUGUCUGAUUAGCCCCACCCUCCACCCUGGCGCAGCCAUAGUGGCAAAGCAGUGAAUUUACAGACCUCAUUGUUUAACUUCAUGGACUUCAGCUCUAUUUACAUUAUAAUGUAUACCAUGUACUCAACAACUGAUGCCUGUGACAAGGGCCAAUGUCUUGAACUAGACUCAGUUUCCAAGAAUGGACCUGACCAGAUGUCCUGAAUCAAAGUGAUGUACACUACCGUUCAAAAGUUCAGGGUCACUUAGAAAUGGCCUUGUUCUCGAAAGAAAAGCACAUUUUUUUGUCCAUUAAAAUAACAUCAAAUUGAUCAGAAAUACAGUGUAGACAUUGUUAAUGUUGUAAAUGACUGUUGAAGCUGGAAACAGCAGAUUUUUUAAUGGAAUAUCUACAUAGGUGUACAGAGGCCCAUUAUCAGCAAAACCCCAGUCUCAACGCAAAACCCCAGUCUCAACGCAAAACCCCAGUCUCAACGCAAAACCCCAGUCUCAGCGCAAAACCCCAGUCUCAACGCAAAACCCCAGUCUCAACGCAAAACCCCAGUCUCAACGCAAAACCCCAGUCUCAACGCAAAACCCCAGUCUCAGCGCAAAACCCCAGUCUCAGCGCAAAACCCCAGUCUCAGCGCAAAACCCCAGUCUCAGCGCAAAACCCCAGUCUCAGCGCAAAACCCCA